UGGUAUUGGAAAGGCCAGAUUCUAUCAUAGGUCCAUUCGACUAUGUUCUUUAAAUUUCUUUUCAUGUUUGCGGAAUUAUUCAGUCUUGGAACGAAUGUUUUCAUUGAGGAUCAGCUAAAGCAUUAUCUUCAUUCUUCCCCACUAAUCACGCAUUUUCAACCUGUAGCAGAUCUUAAGGAACUGUUCACUCGCUAACAAAUGUCAGGAAAAGAUGGUCAAGGUCAUAGGCUGUUGAACAAUUUGAUACUAAAUCACAGCGGCCAAUAUAUUUGCAAAGCCUUUCACGCAACUCUGCAUGCUUCCCUGGUAAUCAUAGUACCUGGCUAAACGAAAUUCGCUACAGGGGCAAUGGGGAUACUUGAUAAAAUUGCCGAUAUUGAGAAUGAAAUUGCAAGGACGCAGAAAAAUAAAGCGACGGAGUACCAUCUCGGUUUGCUGAAAGCUAAGCUCGCCAAGUACCGUUCUCAACUACUGGAGACACAAAAUAAAGCUACUAAAGGUGACGGAUUUGAUGUCAUGAAAUCAGGCGAUGCUCGGGUAUCUUUAAUUGGCUUUCCAUCCGUCGGGAAGUCCACGCUCCUAAAUUCUCUUACUUCUACACACAGUGAGUGCGCAUCAUAUGAGUUCACAACUUUGACGUGCAUACCGGGUGUUAUUGAGUAUAAAGGUGCUAAUAUCCAGUUAUUGGAUCUUCCAGGGAUAAUAGAAGGGGCGUCACAGGGGAAAGGGCGGGGACGUCAGGUGAUUGCUGUUGCCCGGACGGCUGACCUCGUACUUAUGAUGCUUGACGCCACCAAGCCUGAUGUCCACCGGAAGUUACUUGAAAAUGAACUAGAAGCUGUGGGUAUUCGAUUAAAUAAAAACAGACCAAAUAUUUAUUUCAAGCAAAAGAAGACUGGUGGGUUAAAAAUCACAUCAAUGGUUCCCUUAACAAAGAUAAACGAGAAAAUGACUCAAAUGAUACUACAAGAAUAUAAAAUAUUUAAUGCAGAAGUUAUCUUUCGAGAAGAUUCUACACCGGAUGAAUUUAUCGAUGUAGUAGUUGGCGGUCGAGUAUAUCUGGCUUGUCUUUAUGUGUAUAAUAAAAUUGAUCAAAUAUCACUUCAAGAAGUUGACAGAUUAGCAAGACAGCCUCAUUCAGUUGUUGUUAGUUGCAAUCUAAAGCUGAAUUUGGAUUAUUUGCUAGAAAAACUGUGGGACCAUUUAAAUUUAAUUCAAGUAUUCACUAAAAAACGUGGACAAAAACCAGACCUUGAUGAAGGAAUUGUUUUACGAAACGGUUCAACAGUUGAACAUAUCUGCCAUUCAAUUCACAGAUCUUUAGCAUCACAGUGUAAAUGUGCUCUUGUGUGGGUAAGAAUAGUCGAAAUUCCUUUUGUUUACCUUUUCAUUUAUUAAAUGGAUAAAUUCAUAUAUUUUAUUUAUCGUAAAAAAUGAAUUAUUUAUCGGUCAUUUAUUCUCAACGGUAUAUAAUAGCCGAAGUUAAAGUAGCCUGAGUUGUCUUAAAAUGUUGGAAAAUGUUUGUAGCCCAACCUGUGAAUAUCUGUUUCUGUCAAAUAAAGUAACAUGAACUCUCCUGAAGACUUUCAUUCCAAACAAGUAAAGCUGAUAAUAAUGAAAACUAAAUGCUUGAAUAAAAUAACCAGUUAUUCAAAAUCUAAAGGAAGGCUGAAUGCAUCACUAUGCUUGAUGAUUUGUUGAUUCCAUCUAGAGACAUAAACUGUAGACUUAACACUUCUACGAACCGGACAAAUUCCUAAGCAAACUAAAGUCAGUAUGAAAAAAGUUUAAAUAAAAAAUGUACAUCACUCCGUUAAACUACGUUUUUUCUCCUUCCUACUUUUUUAAGGGAACAAGUGUUAAAUUCAGUCCACAACAUGUUGGGUUGAAUCACGUCUUACAUCAUCAUGAUGUUGUGCAAAUUGUAAAGAAAUAAUGAUUAAAUGGAUUAAUAUUUCAGUAUGUUAUUGCUAAUUGAUUUCUCCAUGUCUUUCUCUAUUGAUAAAUAUAUUGAGUUUUUGGAUGCUAUUUGGUUUUACUGUUAUCAUAAGAAGGGACACUUUCAAUAGACUACAUUGACCUAUUUCUGUACUGAAUAAAUCUUGCCAGUUACAUUGUAGUUCAUAAAUUCAGAUAUCCUGUUAAUAAUCGUUUAAGCUGUCCACAACCUAGGAGUUAUAAGGUUCAUUGUUUUUUUCCUUCACUAUCUAUACACGGAAAGAUAACUAAUCCAUAACUUCAAAUCAAGCUAGUCUGUAAGGACUAAUACUCUGACCUUAAGUAAUCCUCUGUAAACUACUUUUAACAGAACAUUCACUCACAUGGAUUUCGCUUCUAAAAUAGGUCUAGAUUCUGUUAUUCUCAACAUGCUGUUUACUGAUACUUUUUUAAUUGUUUAUUUGACAGUUGUCUAGCUAACAUCACUAUAAUGUCACGUAAGCCAGUUGAUGUGUAUUUGGUGUUCGUUAAGUUACUCAGUUGUAUGGCAUAAGCUACCAAAUUAAUAUAUAAAUUCAACGGAAACUUACUAUGCUUGGAAUAACUUCCUCUAACUAUCAAUGAGAGCUUGAUUUUGUUUUCACAUUUGGUCAACCUGUCGAUCUUAACGGGAAUGAUUGUCAGCCGAAUUAGCAACAGUGUCGAAAACCGCAAAUAAAAACCCAGUUCCUAAUGCUUGAACGUCAACCUGUAAGUCUGUUAACAGAUUAUUAGUUGUGAGAUGUAUCAAAAAGAUCACUGUCGCGAAGUUGCUAGCAUUGUCCAACCUUGCGUUUUAUUGCCAACCUAUUUAUGGUUACCCUACAAAUGAUUUAAUAAAUAUUGAACCAAUAGCUAGAUCGACUAGGAAACCAUUAGGUCAAGCCACAAAGUAUCACUACUCUCAAAAUUUCCGAACUGGAUAGCUACUACUUGGUUACGCUAUUAAUAAUAUUAACAAGAAGACACUAAAAUCCUGAUGGCGUCCUGUAAGUCUUAGCUGGCCAAUUGAUGUAGUUUGAGGAAGCUUGGUAAAUGUUUUUGGUACGGUGGUUAAGCUUCGACUAGAUGUUGGGAAUACAAAUACUAAACCUACAAAUCCACUAAAGAAUCUAGGAGUAUAGUCAGACUGGUUACGAAUCAACUUUUUUAUCGCCUUGACGGUAACAUUGCGCAAGUGGUGUGUGUAGGUUCCAUUAACAUUAGAGAGAAUUAGAUGGAAGUACCAUGGGUGGAUGUAUUCAGAGGAGCUGCUGCGUAGCGUGAGGGGUUCUACAGGUCGAUCAAACAAUGGAUACUUUGAGAGUAUUUCCUGUGUUUCUAUUUUUUUCUCAAGUUUUGCACUUGUGUUACCAUAUUUCUACAUUUAUUUGACUAAAUAUUGAUUGUACGGCUUUAGUUGAAUAUCCCACAUAAUUUCGUUUUGCUAAUGUAUGUUACCAGAACGUUGACAUUAGAAUCGUAUUUGACUAAUGUUAAGAUUAUGCAUACUCAACUCGUUCAUAUCCGACAUCUGGGCCAACACCAGCUGUUAUUCAUACUACUUUACCUUUUAUAAUCAACUGUUAGGUGAGGUUAUUUCAGGUACUUUUGAAAACUGAAAAACAGAACUGUUCGAUGAGACUGAUGAUAAAUGUGAUCUAUGUGCGACACCAUCACAUACCCCUCUACAUUCAUGUACUGGUUAGAGAAUCUUGCUGUCGCCCCUGGCGAACGGUUUCAUGGGUGGUAUUAUUUCAACAAAAAAUCCCUAUAUAAUCAGUUAGCGAACUAGUUUUGGUAGUUAUGUACCGUGAAAGAACUCUGAUCAAGAAGUUUUAGCCUAAAAUAUCUCCUCUGUAUUACAAGUUCGUAGUAAGGGAAACUCGGGAAUAUUUGUUGAUUACCUACUCCAAGCAUAUAGAAAUCGACACCGAGUAUACCAAAGAAAGGAGAUUU